AUGGCCGAACACCACGAACCUCCCGAGCGUGAGUUAGAACAGCAGAUCUUGCAGAUCAAGAAGCAACACCAGUUGCAGCACCAGAUCCUGCUGCAGCAUUUCCAGCAGCAGCAACAGCACCUGGUGGAGCAGCACGAGCAACAGCUGCGCCAGCACCUGAAGGAGUUCUGGGACAGGCAGAAGCAGCUGCAGGAGCUCAGGCAGCGCGAGCAGCUAGAGGCGUUGAGGAGGAAGGAGAAACAUGAAGAGAGUGCUGUGGCGUCGACGGAGGUCAAACAGAAGCUGCAGUCGUUCCUGCGACAAAGGGCUUCUGGGGGAAAGGCCAGGACGGAGAACUGCUGGUCUGAGGGUAUGGAUACUGGAUCAGAAUCAUCAGCGACCAACAACGACUUUCCAUUAAGAAAAACAGCCUCGGAACCCAACCUGCUCAAAGUCCGCCUGAAGCAGCGCGUGAUGGAGCGCCGCUGCAGCCCGAUGACCAAGCGUCUGCCGCCCUCGCUCAAGAAGAAGCUGCUGUCGUCCUGCCUGCCCGCCGCCCAACCCAGCGACUCGCCGCCCGCGCCAGAGCCGCCCAAGGAGCUCAGCCCGCCCUGCGCCUCGGAGGACGAGUACGGGCGGGGCGCCCAUGCGUUGUUCAGCAGCCCGUCGAUGCCGAACAUUUCGCUGGGCGCGCAUCCUCAUCAUCACGUGGGUGAGGUGUCGGAGGCGGCCGUGAGGGCGGCUUGUACGGCCCGGUUGGGCAUGCCCUUGACCGGCCAGAUGCUGCCCGGCACCCUGCCCUUCUACCCCUCGCUGCCCGCCAUCGACAGCGAGCACGAGGACCACUUGGGCGGCCCGCUCGACACCAUCAGCGAGCUGCGCGAGCCGCCCCACCAGCCGCGCGGCGUCAUCCGGCCGCUGGGGCGGACGCAGUCGUCGCCGCUGCCGCUCGGCCACCCGCUGCUGGUGGGCGGGCCGCGGCCGCCCGAGCCGGAAGGGCGGCCGCCAGCGCUGCUGCUGCUGCAGACGGUCGAGGAGCAGGAGCAGCGCGACCUCGAGCUGAGGGCCAACGAGUCGAGGAGCAUCCGCCCCCUGUCGCGCGCCCUCAGCUCCCCCGUCGUCCACCUCGGUCCGCCGCCCGCGGGGGGAGAUCCACCGCCCUUCGCUGCCGCCGCCGCCGCCCCGCUGUCGCCCGGAGCGGGUGGGGCGGGUCCGGCUGCACCGGCCGCCCGUCGUCGCGCCUCCUCCUCUUCCUCGGCCGCCCCCACUACUGGCCUUGCAUACGACAACCAGAUGCUGAAGCACGCGUGCGCGUGCGGCAAUCACGCCGUCCAUCCGGAGCACGCGGGGAGAUUGCAGAGCAUCUGGUCGAGGUUGCUGGAGACCGGGUUGGUCUCGAGAUGUGAUAGGUUAAGGCCGAGAAAGGCAUCGACCCAAGAGCUACAGACUUGUCAUUCGGAAGCUCACUCUUUACUUUACGGUACUAGUUCAUUGAAUAGGCACAAGAUGGACAUGAGCAAGCUCAGUGCCCUACCGGUGAAUGCGUUCGUCAGGCUGCACUGUGGUGGCAUAGGGGUGGACACCGACACCACGUGGAACGAGCUGUACACAGCUCCGGCAGCCAGGAUGGCGGUGGGAUGCACCGUGGACUUGGCGGUGCGCACGUGGACGGGCGACAUCAGGAACGGCUUCGCCAUAGUCAGGCCGCCGGGCCAUCAUGCCGAGCCCCAGCAGGCCAUGGGAUUUUGCUUUUUCAAUUCCGUGGCGAUAGCGGCGCGCAUCCUGCAACGCGACCACCGCGUCCCCAAGAUCCUCAUCUUCGAUUGGGACGUGCACCACGGCAACGGCACCCAAGAGAUAUUCUACGACGAUCCGCGGGUGCUGGUGGUGUCCGUGCAUCGACACGACGACGGCAAUUUCUUUCCGGGCACCGGCGGCGUGUCGGAGUGCGGGACGGGAGCCGGCGUCGGGUUCAACGUGAACAUCGCCUGGUCCGGAGGCCUAAACCCCCCACUGGGCGACGCCGAGUACCUCGCCGCCUUCAGGAGCAUCGUCAUGCCCAUCGUGAGAGAAUUCGCGCCCGACAUCAUCCUGGUGUCGGCCGGCUUCGAUGCGGCGGACGGACAUUCGGCCCCUUUAGGGGGGUACAGGGUGUCAGCGGCUUGUUUCGGCUACAUGACGCGCCAGCUGAUGCUGUCGGCCCGUGGGGGGCGGCUCGUCUUGGCUCUCGAGGGCGGCUACGACCUGCCCUCGAUCUGCGACGGUGCCGAGGAGUGCGUCCGCGUCCUGCUGGGCGAUCAGCCCGCCCCGCUCUCCCCCGCCGAGCUGGCAAGGGUGCCCUGCGCCAACGCCGUGCUCACCCUGCAAAAGGUGAUAGCCGUCCACGCCGCCACCUGGCCCUGCCUCCAGGAACCCUCCAAAACGGUCUCGUGCUCCUUCAACGACGCCCUCAGGAGCGAGAAGGAGGACAAGGACACGGUUAACGCCAUGGCGGGCCUCUCGAUGCGGCACGCCGCCGCUGCAGCCGCCGCCGCCGCCAGCAUGGUAACGUCCCCGGUAGGGGGAGGGUACCAUUCGGCCGGGCCGCAGCACGUGAUCAGACCCAACGCGUGA